AUGGCAGCGUUGCUGCCCCUGAUGGCCGAUAAAGCGGAUGCCGACCUGUCAGACCGCGCGUUUGAACUCUUCUCCGCCCUGACCGGCGACGGCAGCGGCUCGGGCUUGGCGGCGGCGUUCAAGGACGCGCCGCCGCCGGAGGCGCACCUGCGCGUGGCGGCCGCCGCGUGCUGCGCGCGCCUGGCGGGCGGCGGCGGGCAGGCGAAGCGCGCCGCAGCCGCACUUCGGGUGGCGGCGGCGAUCGUGAGCCGCAGCAAGCCGCCAGUAGCAUUCUCAAUUGUGGAUGACCCGACGCUGAUGGCCAGCGUGCUGGCCGCUGCCCGUGUCGACCGCGGCGCGACCGCUAGAUCGAUCGCGCGCGACAAAGACGAGGCCGCGGCUGCGCUGCUUGGGGCCCUCUGGGACGCCACUUACGACCGCCGCGCGCGCGGUGCGCCCUCCCCGAGCCGCCAGCCAAUCUUAAGGGGGCUGCUGAUGCUGCUCCAGAGCCGCAGCUUCCUGGCAACUUCCAAGGUGAGCGGGGUGCUCCUGGCGGAGGACGCCAUCGACACGGCGGCGUGCCCCGGCGCAGUUGCGGCGCUGGUCGCGGCGGCGCGCCGGCGCGACGGGGACUCGUGCGUGGUGGGUGCGGCCUGCCGGCUGCUGGCCGCCGCGGCGGCGCGCGGGCACGCCGAGGAGGUUGUCAAGCUUGGUGGCCUGGAUGCGUUGCGGGAGCUCGUGCGCGACGGCGCGCGGCCGCCGACGCGGGCGGCAACGGCUGCGACUGCGUUGGGGAGGGCGCCCAAGGCGCCGGGCCUUGAUAUGGCCGUUCAGGCCGCCAGCAUCCUGCUCUCCCCCGGCUGGCUGCCCGCGCUGGCCGGCCGCGGAGAUGUUGCGGCGGAAGCUGCCGGGCAGCUGCCGCCGGUGAUGGCGCCGGCCCUGGCCCUGCUGGCUCGCGUCGUCGGCGGCCCGGGCGGCUGUGCUCAGGCAAGGGCAGUGCGGUGGCCGGGCGACGCCAAGGGCCUGGCGGGCUCGGCCUACGCAGCCCUGGCCGCCUUGGCGGCGCAACCGGCGAGUGCAGCGGCAGACGAGGCGCCGCGCAGCAGGAACCAGGGAGCGACGGCAGAGGCGCCGCUGCGGCGGGCCGCGGCCCCGGCCGCCGGGGGGGCGCCAGCGCAGGCGGCGCGCGGCGACAAUGCACUGGAGCUGCCUGAAACGGCAGAGUCGCUGGAGGCAGUUAUGGCUGCAAAGCUAGAAAGGUACUACUCAUCCGACGACCCGGUCCUAGUUUCUUGGGCGCUGGACAGCCUCGAAUUCUUCGUGAACGGCCGCCCCCAGCUGCCGCCGCAGAUGCUCGCCACGCUGGCCGCGCAGGAGCCGCAGCUGCUGCCGGCGCUCGCGCGGCGCGCAGUCAUGAGGGACGCGCAGGCGCCGGCGCCGGCGCCGUCGGCGGCUGCGGCGGCGGCGGAGGUGCUCGGCGGUGGCGGGGUCAGCUCUCUCGCGGACCUUGACCCUCAUAAGUUUGCGACACUCGUCUCCAGCGUCCUCUCAGGGAUCUCUGGGGCCGGCCCCACUGGCAAGAAGCUUCCGCCCCCCUCCCGCGCCUGCCUGCUGCUCGCCGCCCUCGCGCGCGGCCGGCGCACCAAGGCCGACGCCGCGGGGCCCGGCGGGGACGGCGCCGGCGGGGCGGCGGGCGGCGCGGAGCUACGAGAGUCGGCGGCAAAGGCGCUGAGGUGGCGCAUCAAGGCGGGCGGCGGCGGCGAGUCGGACGCGGCGGCGCGCGCGGCGGCGGCGGCCGCCCUGCGGAUUCUGACUGAGGACGGUGGCAGCGACAACUCAGAUCAGGCAGCCGCGGCGCCAGCUUUGGCGGCGGAAAGCGGCCAGCCGCCGGCCGCUGCCGGCCGCGGCUGCGCGCCGGCGGCCGGGGAGGCGGGCGCGGAGCCGCGGGCCGGGCAGGCGGCCGCUGCGCCCAGCAGCGGCGGCGACGACGCGGGCGCCUUUGGCUGUGACAAGGCAGCACGGGCAGGCGCGGGCACACUUCUUUUCCACAGCUUUAAGCUCGUCAAUGUGAGCGCCAGUGUCAGCUGA